AUGCGCGGGCUGUGCGCGGGCUACACGGGCGCGGCGCUCAAGGCACUCAACAUCACCCCGGAGCGCUUCUCCCAGCUGCUGUGCGACCACAACCUGACACGCCAGCAGUUCAUCGCGCUCUACGGGUUGCAGCCGCUCGUGUACACCCCGGAGAUGCCCGCAAGAGCCAAGGUGGCCUUGGUGCUCACUGGGGUGCUCAUUUUCGCCCUGGCGCUCUUCGGCAACGCGCUGGUGGUUUACGUGUUGACCCGCAGCAAGGCCAUGCGCACCAUCACCAACAUCUUCAUCUGCUCCCUGGCUCUCAGCGACUUGCUCAUUGCAUUCUUCUGCAUCCCGGUCACCAUGCUCCAGAACAUCUCGGACAACUGGCUAGGUGAUGCCUUCAUCUGCAAGUUGCUGCCAUUUGCCCAGUCCACCACCAUGGUGAUGGAGAUCCUCACCAUGACCUGCAUUUCUGUGGAAAGGCACCAGGGCCUUGUCCACCCUUUUAAAAUGAAGUGUCAGUACACCAACCAGAGGGCUCUCACAAUGCUAGGCAUCACUGGACCUUCAGCUUGUUCUGGCUGCUUGUUUAGCCACACUGGUGAAUGUGCCACAUGCCAAGUGGCACAUCUGAAGUGUGUCCAGUUGCCUGACACAGUCAAGUACGACUUGCUAUAUGACCAAGAGUAUGUGUGCUGCCUGGAAGAGUGGGCCAGUCCGGCGCACCAGAGGGCCUACACCACCUUCAUCCUGGUCUCACUCUUCUUGCUGCUGCUGCUCCUCAUGCUGGUCCUCUACGGCAAUGGCUACAUGCUCUGGGUCAAGAAGAGGGUGGGGGACUGCUCUGUGCUCUGGAUCAUUCACUGGAAGGAAAUGUCCAAGAUCACCAUGAGGAAGAAGCGAGCGGUCAUCGUGAUGGUGAUGAUAGUGGCCCUCUUCGCUGUGUGCUGGGUGCCAUUCCAUGUCAUCCACAUGAUGAAUGAGUACAGUAAUUUCAAAAAGGAGUACGAUGACAUCACCAUCAGGAUGGUCUUUGCUAUCAUGCAAAUCAUCGGCUUUUCCAACUCCAUCUGCAAUCCCAUCAUUUACGCAUUUAUGAAUGAGAACUUCAAAAAAAAUUUUUUGUCUGCCUUUUGCUAUUGCCUAGUAAAAGAACACUUCUCCCAAGUGCAGCAACCUGGACACUUGGGGAUUAUGAUGAUGCAGAAGAAGGCAAAGCUGUCUGGGAGACAGAACCUGGUAGAGGAGACCAAGGUGGAAGACUUCAGUGACAGCAACAUCGAGGUCAAGCUGUGGGAGCCACCCAGGCCCCAGGAACCUCAAGCACCUGCUUGCCCUCUUCAGCUGGAAAUGCUUAGAGAGCCCUGCCCCAGGCAGUGGGUGUUAACUGGAGCAGUGCUGGGGUCAUCAUUCAGGAUGUAA